UUGCAAUAGAUUUCCACAUCACCUGUGAGGUACUAUUGCUGAUGCGUUUUUUAAGGGGUUUACCUAGUGUGACAGUUUGAAAAAAUCGAAGUUUUUUUUGCAAUUUUUGACAGUUUAACAUCUGUAGAAUAUUAUCCUGAAGUGUUAUGGUCGUAUCUGAAAUGUUUUAGAAACGGCAGGUAUGAAACGACAGCGCAGCUGGUCGGGGGCCAUAAACUCGAUUCUCGCCGACGAAGAAGGACGCCAGGCAGUUGCGGUAGUUCUUAGGCUUUGACGUAAUCGUUUAUACUUCAAAGAUAGAAAAGAGAGCCUGGUAGUUCCAAGAACUCACAAUAAUCCCUUUAUGUUUGUACGAAAGCGUUGUUGGCAGCUCAAAAGGUUUCGAAGCCGCUCGACGCAGGUAUACGUAAGCGGCCCAUUUAGUUUUUAGCCACUGUGCAGAGCACAUCGCAGCGCGAAUUUCAUUCAAAAUGAGUGGGAAAAGUCAAUCUAAUAUUCGAAAAGGCACACACGAUACUCUAGCGCGUAGAAGUACCAAUAAGAAAAGAAAGUUCCAGGGAAAUCGACACACGCUGGAGCAGUCGACCGAGUAAACCAGUACGACAUGACGAAAUUUAAACAUGACUAUCUCCCUCUGGACCUACAGAUUCAAGAAGUUCUAGAGCCAAUUUAUAGUGAUUUAAGUAGGCCUGAAUUAUUAAACAGGUGUAAGGGUAGUAAUACACAAAAUAAUAACGAAAGUUAUAAUGGUUUGUUGUGGCACUUUGCUCCUAAACACCUUCACAGUGGUUUAAAAACAAUAGAACUGGCCAAUUUCUUUGCUGUUGCAAUUUUUAAUGAAGGUUUCCAAGCUAUUUUGAAAGCAUUUGAAACAAUGGAAGUGAUUAUUGGGCCCUCUGCCAAAGAUUAUGCAGAAAAACGAGACAUGAGACGAAUGAUGGUAGCAGAAAAACGGCACCGCGAGGCUUCAAAGGAGGAUCGGUCAGCUCGCAGGACUGCUGCAGCGGCCCAGCAACAAUUUUUCGAACAAGAGGAAGGCGAAUUAUAUGGGCCUGGAAUAGCUGAAUAGCUGCACUCUGACGUCACUUAUCGCUGCAGCAGUUGGGCUACU